AUGGGACACUCUUUAACAACACCUCUGAGUCUUACUCUCGACCACUGGAAGGACGUCAAGGACCGAGCAGAUGAACAAGGGGUCGAAAUUAAGAAGGGGAAGUGGCAGACCCUCUGCACUUCUGAGUGGCCCACCUUUGGGGCCGGAUGGCCGGUGGACGGUACUUUUAAUAAAACUGUUAUUUUACAGGUCAAAGAUCAGAUCUUCCAUAAAGGACUAGAUGGACAUCCUGACCAGGUGCCUUACAUUAUCACCUGGGAAAGCCUUGCCUUUGAGCCCCCUUCUUGGGUGCAACCCUUUGUAGACUUAAGCUGGCCCCCUACUCCCUCAGCCCCAAUUGCUCCUCUUUCAACCCCUUCCUCUCUCUAUCCUGUCCUUACCAAGAAGGAAUCCCCUAAAACUACAUCCAAACCUAAGCCGGUGCUUCCGGAAGAUUCUAACUCUCCCCUUAUAGAUCUUUUAUCUGAGGAGCCUCCUCCAUACCCUGUUUCUACCCGUUCAACUCAGGAGGCAGAAGCUAGACCGCCUGCCCUCCCAGAAGCUGAACCCCAGUCUGAGGCAGCAUUCUCUCCAAUAGCAGGAAGACUACGCCAUAAGCGAGAAGCAGCACCGGAUUCGACUUCGCAGGCUUUUCCCCUUAGACAGGGAACGGGAGGGCAGACCCAGUAUUGGCCCUUCUCCGCGGCCGAUAUUUAUAACUGGAAGCAGCACAACCCCCCUUUUUCCAAGGACCCAGUGGCCCUUACUGAACUAAUAGAAUCUGUUUUACUUACACAUCAGCCCACUUGGGAUGAUUGUCAGCAGCUUUUACAGGCUCUUUUGACUUCGGAGGAAAAACAAAGGGUGUUUUUGGAAGCCAGGAAGCAUGUCCUGGGGGAUGAUGGGCGUCCUACUCAGCUGCCUGAUGCACUUGAUGAUGCAUUUCCACUCACAAGACCGAACUGGGACUUCAAUACGGUUGACGGUAGGGGACACCUACGCCUUUAUCGCCAGUUGCUCUUAGCGGGUCUCCGAGGGGCUGCCAGGCGCCCAACCAAUUUGGCUCAGGUGAAGCAGGUACUACAGGGGGCCGAUGAGACCCCCUCAGCUUUCUUAGAAAGACUAAAAGAGGCCUAUCGUAUGUAUACACCCUAUGAUCCAGAUGACCCAGGGCAGAUGACGAGUGUUUCUAUGUCCUUCAUCUGGCAAGCAGCGCCAGAUAUUAGGGCUAAGUUACAAAGAUUAGAGAACCUACAGGGUUAUACGCUGCAGGACUUGCUUAAGGAAGCAGAAAGGAUAUUUAAUAAGAGAGAGACACAGGAAGAAAAGGAGGAAAGAGUACGUAGGGAGAAAGAUGAAAGGGAGAAGAAGAGGAGCAAGGAGCUAAAUCGGAUUUUGGCCGCCGUAGUUCAGAGUCAGGGAAGGAAGGGAGACAGGAAGGGAAUUCGAAAGGGGCUGAAGCUGGACAAGGAUCAGUGCGCCUACUGUAAGGAAAAAGGACAUUGGGCUCGAGACUGCCCUAAGAAUCCUAAGAACUCCCGUGGACCCCGGAAGAAGCCAGAGACCUCCCUUUUGACCCUAGAUGAAGAUUAGGGGGGUCAGGGCCAGGAGCCCCCCCCUGAGCCCAGGAUAACUCUUGAAGUUGGGGGGCAGCCCGUUACCUUUCUAGUGGACACUGGAGCUCAACAUUCAGUCCUCACCCAGGCUCAUGGACAGCUCAGUGACCGAACAGCCUGGGUGCAAGGAGCCACUGGUGGCAAGACAUAUCGAUGGACAACAGAUCGCCGGGUUCAGCUGGCCACUGGUAAGGUGACUCAUUCUUUCCUGCAUGUUCCAGAUUGUCCAUACCCUCUGCUGGGCCGUGACUUGCUUGCUAAACUAAAAGCACAAAUUCAUUUUGAAGAAGGAGGGGCCCGGAUAACUGGUCCCCAUGGGACCCCUCUUCAAGUUCUGACCCUUCAAUUGGAGGACGAAUAUAGGCUAUAUGAACCGGGACAUGACAAUCCACAAACUACAGAAAUAGACUCUUGGGUCACGAAGUUCCCACUAGCCUGGGCAGAGACUGGGGGGAUGGGACUAGCGCUUCAGCAGCCUCCUCUAAUUAUUCAAUUGAAGGCCACUGCAGUUCCAGUGUCUAUAAAGCAGUAUCCCAUGUCACAGGAAGCCUACCAGGGCAUAAGACCACAUAUUAGAAGGCUUCUGGACCAGGGCAUUUUAGUCCCUUGCCGGUCGCCAUGGAAUACACCCCUGCUGCCUGUCAAAAAGCCAGGAACUGGAGAUUACAGGCCAGUACAAGAUUUAAGAGAGGUCAAUAAAAGGGUAGAAGACAUCCAUCCGACAGUCCCAAACCCUUACAACUUACUCAGUACUCUGCCCCCUACACAUACUUGGUACACAGUUUUGGACCUGAAAGAUGCUUUCUUCUGUCUCCGGCUCAGCCCGGAAAGUCAACCUUUGUUUGCCUUUGAAUGGAAAGAUCCGGACUUGGGACUUUCGGGUCAAUUGACCUGGACUAGGUUGCCCCAGGGAUUUAAGAAUAGUCCCACUCUGUUUGAUGAAGCCUUACAUCGGGAUUUGGCUGAUUUUCGAGUCCAGCACCCCUCUCUCAUACUUCUGCAAUACGUUGAUGACCUGCUUUUGGCAGGAGUUACUGAGAGGGCCUGCCGUUUGGGGACAGAAUCCCUCCUGCAGACUCUGGGGCGCCUAGGUUAUCGGGCCUCAGCGAAAAAGGCCCAAAUCUGUCAAACUCAAGUUACUUAUUUAGGGUAUCAGCUGAAAGAUGGGCAGAGGUGGCUGACCUCAGCUCGAAAACAGACUGUAGCUGGCAUUCCGGUUCCCAAGAGCCCCCGUCAGUUGAGAGAGUUUUUGGGCACUGCAGGGUUUUGUCGCCUCUGGAUCCCGGGUUAUGCCGAGAUGGCUGCUCCCUUAUACCCGCUUACUAAACAAGGGACGCUUUUCCAGUGGGGACCGCAACAACAAGAGGCCUUUGACAACAUCAAGCGUGCCUUGUUGUCCUCCCCUGCCCUUGGACUCCCGGAUGUUACCAAGCCUUUUGAACUAUUUGUAGAUGAAAAACAAGGCUACGCAAAAGGGGUCCUUACACAAAAAUUGGGGCCCUGGAAGCGACCAGUGGCCUAUUUAUCGAAGAAAUUAGACCCCGUUGCCUCAGGAUGGCCACCUUGCCUGAGAAUGGUAGCAGCAAUUGCACUCUUGACUAGGGAUGCUAAUAAGCUGACCCUAGGACAGCCUCUGACUAUCCUGGCACCUCAUGCGGUAGAGGCCCUGAUAAAACAACCUCCUGACCGAUGGCUCUCUAAUUCUCGCAUGACUCAUUACCAAGCUAUGCUAUUGGACACGGAGAAGGUCCAGUUUGGCCCGGUGGUGGCUUUGAAUCCGGCUACCCUACUCCCCUUACCAGAAGGAGCUGAACCACAUGACUGCCUCCAGAUUUUAGCAGAAACACAUGGAACCAGACCAGAUCUAACGGAUCAGCCUCUUCCGAAUGCUGACCACACCUGGUAUACGGAUGGCUGCAGUUAUGUUGCAGAUGGGGAGCGGAGGGCUGGAGCUGCAAUCACCACCGAAGAUGAGGUAAUCUGGGCAAGUGCCUUACCGGCAGGCACCUCCGCACAACGAGCCGAGCUCAUCGCCUUAACACAGGCUCUCAAGAUGGCAGAAGGUAAGAGGCUAAAUGUAUAUACUGACAGCCGUUAUGCAUUUGCUACCGCACAUAUUCAUGGUGAAAUCUAUCGAAGACGGGGAUUACUUACAUCAGAAGGAAAAGAGAUCAAAAACAAGGCUGAGAUUUUAGCUCUCUUAAGGGCGCUAUUCCUACCAAAAGGACUGAGUAUUAUACAUUGUCCGGGACACCAAAAGGGACAGAGCCCAGAAGCUCGGGGAAACCGGUUGGCAGAUGCCACGGCUCGAAAGGCUGCAGAGAAAGGACAGAUCCUGACUGUGGUCAGUACAGAUAACCAUAAGCAGGUCUCUCCAUGGCCAUAUGAUUCAGAGGACAUAGACCUCCUAAAGAAAAUGGGGGCCGUAUACUCUCCUCAAUUAAAACGAUGGGUCCAUAAUGAAAAGAUUGUCAUGCCUACAAAAUUGACUUUUGAAUUAAUAUCUCAUUUACAUAAGUUAACCCACCUGGGAAUCAAGAAGAUGAGAACUCUCCUGGAGCGAGAAGAAAUAGGUCUCCACCUUUUGGGACAGGGUCAGGCCCUGCGAGAAGUGACUGAAAACUGCAAAGCUUGUGCCCAAGUGAACCCAGGAAAAAUAAAAAAUGAUAUUGGGACUCGUCCCAGGGGACAUCGUCCGGGCACCCACUGGGAGAUUGAUUUUACUGAAAUCAGACCAGGUAUGUACGGAUACAGAUAUCUACUGGUGUUCGUGGAUACAUUUUCAGGAUGGGUUGAGGCCUUUCCCACCAAACAUGAGACUGCGAAGAUAGUCACCAAGAAGCUUCUUGAAGAAAUUUUUCCCAGGUAUGGUAUGCCUCAAGUCCUGGGAUCGGACAACGGGCCCGCUUUCGUUUCCCGGGUAAGUCAGUUGGUGGCCAAAUUACUGGGGAUUGAUUGGAAACUACAUUGUGCAUACAGACCCCAGAGCUCAGGACAGGUAGAGCGUAUGAAUAGAACCAUUAAGGAGACUUUAUCCAAACUUACGCUUGCAACUGGCUCAAAGGAUUGGGUUUCCCUCCUCCCCUUAGUUCUUUACAGAGCCCGGAACACGCCGGGCUCUCAUGGGUUGACUCCCUUUGAGAUAGUAUAUGGGGCACCACCCCCAUUUAUUGAUUUCUUUAAUUCCAAUAUUGCUAAUUUUGCUAAUAGCCCUUCCCUGGAAACCCAUCUACAAGCUUUGCAGCUCGUGCAGAGAGACAUCUGGAGACCUCUGGCUGCUGCAUACCGGGACAGACUCGAUCAGCCGACUGUGCCACACCCGUUCCAGGUGGGGGACCUCGUGUGGGUACGCAGACACCAGAUCAAGAAUCUCGAGCCCCGGUGGAAAGGACCCUAUACUGUCCUCCUGAUUACACCAACCGCCCUGAAGGUGGCCAGAAUUGCUGCGUGGAUCCACUCUUCCCACGUCAAGGCAGCCCAACCGGAGGAAGCCACCGCCCAGCAGAAAUGGAGGGCCCAACGCACCCGGAACCCCUUAAAGCUGCGACUCACACGAGUACACUCCUGACACUAAUCACUCUGAGCUUAUGCUGGAGGGAGGGGGUUGCUGGACAACCGAGCCCUCACC